CUUAUCUCUUCAACCUCACUUCCCGUCAUUCAAAUGCCAGUAGUUAGAUUAGUAAUUUAUUCUUCUUGUUUUUGUUUUGUCGUAUUUACACUAUACAGGCAAGGUAAGGAGAAGUCCAACUGGUAGUGUCAAACUGUUAUCUAUUCCAGCUACGCGAGCUAACGGUAUUCUUUUACUCUUACUGAUUCCGUUUUUGUCUGCCAAAGAAUUUACAUUUCACUGCAUGAAAACAUAAAUAUUCUUGAAAAUGUACAACAACCCUAAAAAGUAUUGCUUGAAAAUUGGUACAGUAAAAAAAAUAUCAUAUUUUGGCAGUCCAUCAUCGUCCAUUUUUCUCUAUAGAUCUCAGAGUGCGAAGUUUUAGAGAUCGAUGUAGCGAUAUACUUCCUCUGUUUACUUUAAAGAAGGUAAGUAAUUGGCUUCAACCUCGAUCAAUGCAGCAUGUGCCUGAUAAAAGACAUUAAGGAGUAAUAUCUUCGAAAUUUAUUUAUAUUUAUAUAUAUUAUUAAAAUGUGUGGACAAGUAUUGCGCAUGUCGUCAUGUAGUAUCUCAUCUCAUAUGUUGACAUGACGCCGUUUUAAUGAUUAAAAAAAUUGCAUAAGAGGUCUCGAGUCCAACAUUUUAGCUCUUACUCUGUAAUGUAAUAAUUUUACCGCUAAAUUAUGAAUUGUGCUUGUGACAAAAUGUCAACUCUAAACUAUAAAUUAUUUUUAUCUUAUUAUAUUACCUGGGGUAUUGCAUGGGCCCACUGUCCACAAGUACAAAGAGUUGGGAUACUUAGUAAACAUGAUAAUGAAAAAAAAAUGAAAAUGGAUAAUUUUAUAUUUGCACAUCGGAGUUGGCAGUCACCCAUUAAAAUUUUCUCUUAUAUUCUCUUCGAUUUUUGUUAGUUUAUUUACUUCUUUGAAUACAAAGUUUUAGGAAAAAUAAUAUGAUUCAAAAAAAGGGAGAAACAACAUUUAUUUAUUGCAUAUUAUAUUGAAAUUAAUAUUGUGGGUCGAAAGAAGUAGAAUAAGAAGGUAUAGAUAAUAAUAUAAAAUUGAUAUGAUCACUUUAAAUAGAGAAAAAUAAAAAAUGAUUAAACUACUAAAUGAUAAUUUAAAAAGAAAAGCAGAUAGACUAACAAAAAAAUCGGAGAAAGUAUUCCCUAAUAUUUAUAUUCUAAUUGUAAAAUGGGUCACGAGAGGCCUUUUAAAAUUGAAACCCUCAAAAAAUAUUGAAGGUGAAACACUGAAACCUCUAGAACUGUGUCUCUCCUUUAUGAUACAUCUAGAAAAACACUAACUAAAACUUUAAGACUAAAAAAAAACACUGAAUCCGAUAAAAAAAACAAAGAAAGAAAUGUGAAUAUCAUAAAAAUAAAAGAAAUUAACAUUGAGAAAACUAAAAAGUUAUCGUAGUGCUACCUUAAUUAACAUGUGUCAUAUAAAUUCAACAGUCGAAAAGUAAAAAAGAUCAAUAUGAGUGCCUUAUCUUCUCACUUUCACAUAAUGAUGGCCACUGGUGUGGGUUGGGUGGAUCGAGUUGUGGGCUGUAGCGGGUUGGAUUGAAAUUUCACAGCUUAGGUUCGGAUUGUGAAAUUUAUGGGUUGGACAGAUUGGUCUGCGGGCUGAAAAAUCUUGGUCCACAACGGUUUGUUACCGUUUGUACGGUUCAGAAAGUGGUUCUGGCGGUUCGUGGGUCUUGUGGGCUGGUAUGAGAUUUUUUUUUCAAAAUUAUUUAAUCAUUAAAAUUAUUCAUUAUAGUACAUAAAAUCUUUAAAAUGAAUUAAAAUAUAUAUAAUUAAUAAUAUUAAUGAAUAAUUAUAUUAUUUUUAAAUUUGAUUGAAUUAUAAUAUAUGCAAUUUGAUUAAAAUAUAUACAAUUCGAUUAAAAUAUACGCAAUUUGGUUCAAUAUUUACUUGGAUUGGGCUGGUCCUGUUCAUGGGACGGACGAGACAUUUCAUGGUCCGGGCUGGGCGGUUUUAGUAGCGGUCUUUAGUGGACUGGGUUCAAGAAAUUUGACCCACGGUCCGCCCACUAAUUUCACGGUUCGAGUUGGGUUGGACCGGACUUUUUACAGGCCCGGACCACACAGCCCACAAGGUGGGCUGGGCUAGAUUGAUCUGAACGGUUGGCUAUCUCUACUUCCAUACAAGGAUUAUCAUGAAACUUUUCCAUUGGUUACAAUACCUAAUUUUUCAAUCAUGUUUGUUUGAUUAGAUUAAAAUUUGUACGAAACUAUGUAAUGUUUGGAGGACAAAAUAUAUCAUCUUUAAUGUUUAAUUUCUGAUGAUGUUUUUAGCUUUGGUUGCACGUAUUUGGUAAGUGAAGUGAGAAUAAAAUUGCUCAUGAAUUAGUCCGCUACCAAUCUUUGAAAAUUGAUAAACUUUUGUGGGAGGUUAACUAAUCCGAACAUAUUUUAUUGUUGGCUUCUAAAGAUAUACUUUCUUCGUUUCAUAAUAAGUGAAACACUUACUAUUUUAGAACAUUUCAAAAUAAGUGAAACAUACCUUAAAUGGAAAAAAGAAAGUUAUAAAAUGACAAGAACACCCAUCUGUUAAGUUAUUACAUAACUGAAUUAGUUGUAACUAAUUCUGUAAUAACUACUUUCUGUUAGUAGUUAGUUCUCUGAGCUAUAAAUAGCAAUCUAAGCUUCUGUAAUCAUUUGAGCAAUUGAGUAAUAAAUUUCUUCUUCUUUCUCUCUCUAUAUUUUCUCUCCUCAUUACAUCAGAUUGAUGUUGUUAAAUUGUUCAUGGUAUCAGAGCUUAAGGUAGCUCAAUUAUCUUCCGCAAUUUUUGUCUGAAUUUUCUAUCUCUUUCUUGUUCAAUUUCUUUUCUCUCUUCUGUAAUUUCUUCAAUUGUUACAAUGACUUCUGCAAAUUCGAAUGACAGUUCUACUCAGAACACUAAUAUGAGUUUUGAUGAUCAUUAUUUUCUCCAUGGAAGUGAUAAUCCAUCUCUUUCUUUGACUACUCAUUCCUUUAAUGGCAGUAAUUUCCUCAAUUGGAGUAGGAGUAUACGAAUGUCAUUGAUUGCUCGCAACAAAUUAUGUUUCAUUGAUGGAACUUUAUUACAGCUAGAAUCAACUUCAAAAGAUUUUCAGAAAUGGAUACGAAAUGACUAUAUGGUGAUGACUUGGAUCUUGAAUUCAAUUGAGAAGUCCAUUGCUGAAAACUUUCUGUUUGUGGUUUCAUCUCGUCAAUUAUGGCUUGAAAUCACUGAAAGGUAUGGAUCUACAAAUGUUCCUCAAAAUUUUCAAUUACAUCGAUCAAUUGCUUUAUUACAGCAAGAUAAUCAUUCAAUUGCUGAACAUUAUGGUAAAUUGAAACGUUCUUGGGAUGAACUCAAUGCAUUGGAAGGAUUACCAGAUUGCACUUGUGGUGCUAUCUCUAAAUGUUCCUGUGGUAUAUUGAAGAAGAUCUUUGAUGCUGAUCAAAGACUUAAGUUGAUUCAAUUUCUUGCUGGCUUAAAUGAUUCUUAUGAUCAGGUGAAGACUAAUAUACUUAGUACUGAUCCUUUACCACCUGUAAACAAGGUUUAUUAUACCUUGCAACAAGUUGAAAAACAACUUCAACUUAGGAAUCCUACUUUUUUUCCUUCCUCUGAAUCAAGUGCUUUUUAUGCUGGGAAGAAUACUUCUAAACCUUCUUAUCAUGCUUUAUCUGGUAAGAAAGAUUUCAAGAAAAUGAAGUUUGAUAAGUCUGAGAGGUUUUGUGAGCACUGUAAAGUCAAGGGACAUACUAUUGACACUUGUUUCAAGUUGGUGGGUUACCCUGAGUGGUAUACAAGCUUGAAGAAUAAAGGUAAAAUGGCUGCAAAUGUUCUUAUAACUGAUUCAUCAUCUGGCAUUCUUGGAAAUUCACCACUGGAAGUUUCUUCUUCCCCUUGAUCUUCUUCAAAUCUUAUGAUUGAUCCACAAAUGGUGAAUUUCUGUCAACAAUAUAUCAAAUUGGCACAGCAAGGCAUAGCUGGAGGCUCUCACAAUUCACCUACUGAGUUACACUCUUCAGUCAAUUUUGCAGGACCUUUUGACUAAAGAAGUCAAGGCUCUUGGCACAAGACAUCUUGGUCUCUACACUUUUAAAGUUGUUUCUUCUUCUGAUAAGUCAAUACCAAAUGUAAUCUCUACUGAAAAAUUCUCUUCUGUUAAUACUUCUCAUGUACAACCUAAUCUGUGUAUUUUACAUGCAAGAUUAGGACACAUUUCUAUCAAUAAUAUGAAACAUUUGGUUACUCCUUUUGAUAUUCAUAGUCAAGAUGUGAUUGAUUG